UAUAAAAAAAACACAGGAGCAGCUGAAAUCACCUUUGCUGACUGAAAAACUGAGAAUGACCAUGAGUCCUGCCAUCAGCAUCGCUCUUCUCCUGCUCUCCGCAGUUGUUGUGAAGUCGUGGGAGUCCCCCGAGGACGAAACUGAAGAGGAAGAGGACGAUUCUUCAGCCGAGUUGAACCAUGACAUGAAGGAGAGAGCUGACCAUGAUGCAGAGGAGAUACUGCAGGAUCAAGCUUUCCCGGGCUCCUGUUAUGCCUGUCGGUACAUUGUGUCCAAAGUAAAGCGGCAGGCAGGCAGAGAUCACUCAAAGGCAAGAAUCCGAUGUCUGAUGAUGGGAGUCUGCAAUGGCUUUCGAUCUAGAUUCGUCAGAUCCGCCUGCAAGAAGGUCACCAGGAGGUACCAAUACAGACUGAGCAACUACAUAGCAAAGAACGGAUCUUCCCGGAGAAUUUGCGCUAGACUUCGUCUCUGCAGGAGAGUUUCUCAGUAAAUCAUACAUAUAAUGCAUCUCUGCAAAACAGCAAACUAAAGUGUACCAGUAAUGUUUGAACUCUUUCUGUCUUGUCUUGUUUUUUCCUUCUCAAUAAAGCUUUACACGCAGUGA